GUGCCCCAAAAUAAUUUGAAAAGUUGAGGAAGGUGGAGGUAAAUGGCUUUUGUGUCCUUGCCCUUCUUUCAACGGAUAAACCCAUGAGUUUUCCGGCAAUUUCUCUUUACGACUCCGUCAAAGCUUUUGUCUCUAUGUAUCAAUGGCUUCUACCGGAGACAAAAAUGUAAUACUCACUCCAUUUCUUACUUUCCGUGUCCAUCUAUCCCCCCUAACUUGAUCAUUGCCACUUACACCUUUUCUUCGAGUGAUCACUGCUAGAAAUACUCUGCUCCCAGGCACCCUGAAGAUUGAGGGUAUUGAAACUCCGGGUCUCUUAAAAUGGGUGAAACCAGUGGUAAUGGAAGCUUACCAAUACCACCUCUAUCAAACUAUAGAAUGGGGAAAACCCUUGGGAUUGGAGCAUUCGGUAGAGUCAAAGUAGCCCAACAUAUUUUGACCGGGGUCAAAGUGGCCAUAAAGAUCCUUGCUCGUCAAUCAAUCAAUGAUUCUGCUGCAGAGAAAGUGAGACGAGAGAUUAAUAUAAUGAGGCUUCUUUCCCAUCCUCAUAUUGUUCGGCUUUAUGAAGUCAUAGAGACUCGAUCAUGCAUAUAUGUCAUCAUGGAGUAUAUGAACUCAGGUGAACUAUUUGAUUAUAUCACUGAAAAUGGUAGACUUGAGGAAGGUGAAGCUCGCCAUCUCUUUCAACAGAUUAUUUCAGGUGUAGAGAGUUGCCACCUUCACAUGGUGGUUCACCGAGAUCUUAAGCCUGAAAAUCUACUUCUUGACUCAAAAGGAAAUGUCAAAAUUGCUGACUUUGGACUUGCUAAUAUCAUGCGAGAUGGACAUCUUCUAAAAACAAGUUGUGGAAGCCCUAAUUAUGCUUCUCCAGAGGUUAUCUCAGAACGUCUUUAUGCUGGACCUGAAGUUGAUGUUUGGAGUUGUGGGGUUAUUUUAUAUGCUCUUUUAUGUGGAAGUCUUCCUUUUGAUGAUGACAAUCUUUCUGGCUUAUAUGCAAAGAUAAAGAGUGGAAUAUACACAUACCCAAACUACUUGUCUCUUGGAGCACGUGACUUAAUUAGAAAGAUGCUUAUUGUUGAUUCAGUUAAUCGUAUAACUAUUCCAGAAAUAUACAAGCAUGCAUGGUUUCAAGAACAUCUUCCAAAAUACAUUGCAGGCCAUUCGAUCGAUACUUCAUGGAGUGCAAGAAAGGUUGAUGUUAGAGUUCUAGAAGAGAUGGAUAUCUUAGGGUUCAAUGUUCAAGAAGUUAUUGGAUCUUUGAACAACCUGUUGCAAAAUCAGGCAACUGUUACAUAUUCUAUAUUAUUGCAUAAGUUGUUGAGUAACCAUAAUUACAACAAAGACAAUCCUCUAGCAUCUUUGCCACUGGAAUGCACAGAUCGCCGAGAAAUAUAUGUAAGACCAGUUUCUCCUGUUCAAGGGAAAUGGGUACUUGGAUUCAAGUCUUGUGCAUCACCACAUGAAACUAUGAGACAUGUUUUAAGCGUCCUCAAGAGCUUGAAUGUACAAUGGAAGAAGAUCGGGGCAUACAACUUGAAAUGUCUAUGGAAACCAGCAGCACUUGAAAGCUAUUCCAAGUCUAUAGGCAUCCAUAGAGAUGAUGCCACCUGUCAGAAUAUACCAAUCAAGACCUCAAACAUGGAAGUCUUUAGUUUGUGUGAUGCAGUCAAGUUUGAAAUUCAGCUAUACAAAGGCAGUGCAGAAUCAUCAUAUCUUGUGGACUGGCAAAGAGUUUUUGGACCUCCUUUUCUGUUCAUGGAACUUUGUGCUGGAUUUCGUGCUUGUGUUGUGUAAUUGCAUAGCCUCAACCUCAAUAUUAUGGCUUAUAUUCUAUAACAUCCAUGACUCCAUUUAUCAA